UUUAAAAAUCAGGUUUUGUUAGUGGUGGGACACCCACUGGAAUUGGUAUAAGAAAAAGUGUAGCCUGCUUUCUCAACUGAAAUUGAACUGGCCUGGAAUAGCAAUGGCAGAAACGUGUCCUCCAUCUUGCUGUAUAUGCAUCUUGGGAUCGCUGGGUUUAUAAUUAACAAAUAUUUCAACAGUACACACCCCAUGGAAUGAUUUCAGCUGGACAAACUGCCCGGCUGCCCUGAGAGCAGUCUUAUGCAUCUGAUAAAGUCGUGGGAGAAAAGCCACUGUUGUCUUGCUAACAAGUGGCUAAUAGGUGUAACUAACUAAGGAUUGGUGCUGCUUUAGCUCCUCAGUGGAGAAUUGCUUUUUCAGGCAACCCCGUCUUCUGCGCUGCUUUCUCUUCAGGCACAGGGAAACAUAGGCAAUGAUGCUGAGGACAGUAAUUAUUGUAAUUCUAGCAGCAAUGACAGGUCCUGUGAGUUGUGCGGUCGUCACUGCAUCACGCCAAAUUCUGAACACGACCGUCGGUGGAACCGUCUCUAUUCCCUGCAUGUAUAACAUGCCGGUCUCCGUAAACGACUUGAUCAUUCAGUGGUCUUUUUACAGUGUCAAAUACAAAAAUCUUAGUUCAAUCUAUAUCUACAAUCAGGGACGGCCAUACACGUCUGCGGCAUAUAAGGGUCGAAUCGAAUUCGCGAACAGCACAGGGAAUGCGUCAAUCACCAUCUUCAACAUGCAGCCCUGGGAGACAGGUGUUUAUACCUGUGAAGUUAUGGAGACAACUUUAGAAGGAAAUCCAGCUCCCCCCUUUGAAAAAUCAAUAUCCGUCAAUGUACUAGCACCCCCUUCUAGGCCUUUGUGCAGCUUCCUUCGAGAAAAUCAGAAGAUCGAACUCGGUCAUCUCAUCACGCUCUCCUGCCUUUCUGAAGUCGGGCUGCCCAACCCUACUUACCACUGGACCAGGUUAUCUGGAGAUACAGUGAAGCCGGUGACAGAAGCUUACGAUCCCCAGAACGGCCUCCUGGUGAUGGGCAACCUGACCAAGCUUGAAGAAGGCUAUUACCAGUGCACCGCAGCUAACUUCCUUGGAAACAGCACCUGUCACAUCGACCUCACCGUCAAAUACUCUGAAGCUGGCGUUAUUAUCGGAGCGUUGAUUGGAGCCAUUCUGGCGGCUGCUCUGAUCGUAGGGGUUGUCUGGUUUUUCGCCUCCAAGGAGAUGAAAAAGAAGAGAGAAGAAAAAGCUAGGGAGAUGCAGGUCGUGACUCAGAAACAGCCCCUGAAUGCAGAGUACACUGCGGUGCCCAGCCAGGAAAGUGGGCCAGUUUCACAGGUUCCACCAAGCAAAGACUCCAACGAGACCAAUGAAUACGCUACCCCCGAGGAAAUGGCCGGAAAUGAGGCUCAGGAAACGGGGGACCAGCAAGUGGACUAACAUACCCAUCGUUUUAUUUGGCGGGGGGGGGACAGCAAAACAUCUGCAUAUGCAUCAGCGCGAGGCACAAGGUGUCAUUUCCCAUUAACCCUCAGCCCAAUCCAGUAGUCACACCUGCAGUUCACUGCGUGUGUGUCCCAAGGAGGCUUACAACCACCACCACCCCAUUUGAAUCAGAUUUGAUUUCUAGGCCAUUUGUGACUUCUAAGCGCAUCUUGAUUCGGUCCAGAGCCAUUUAUGACCUACCAGAUUCUAUCUGUGCCUUGAAUCUAGAAAGAUUUGUAAAGUGAAGGAACUGUUAUCUGCUUUUGUUUUGUUUUUCCAUUGAGCCUUUUGGUCUCAAAAGGGGUCUUAAACUGCCAAGCUUUGCUGCCGAAACCGCAUAGGCUCAGCCUCCAGAAGACCUCAAUCCUCCUCACAGACAUGGAUCCACCAUUUUGGAACUUUUGCCUACAGUUUUUCCGCACCGUCCACGGAGGUGGUGCGCUUGGCCCAAUGACGUGGAUUUCGUCCACGAAACCUUGCUACUGAUUUACCUUUCUAGCGGUCCA